CGGAAGCUCGCACUGGAGCCUGAAGAAGGUUCGUUCCUUUGUUUCCCUGCUUAACCAACUAGCAAGCCACUACUGCUAAAUCAACCUCCAGAAUCUCUCUCUCUUCUCUCAGUGAUUGGUUCCUUUGGAUGCUGUUGAGCUUUUGAGGGAAUGCAGUAAAGCUGUUGGGUAUAAGGACUUCCAUAUAUCUUCAACUUCUUGGGAAGGAAUGAUUCUUUCGGCACUUUUAACUUCUGUUGGAAUCAAUCUCGGCCUUUGUUUUUUGUUUUUCACUUUAUAUUCUAUAUUGAGGAAACAGCCAGGUAAUAUCACAGUCUACGCUCCGCGCUUGGUUCAUGAAGGAAUAUCUCAACAGCAAGAGCAAUUUAACUUGGAGAGGUUAUUACCUUCUCCUGGCUGGGUGAGAAGGCAAUGGAAUCUCUCCGAAGACGAACUCUUGUCAGUCCUGGGUUUGGAUGCUGUUGUCUUCCUGCGUAUUUUUCUAUUCAGCUUGCGGGUGUUUAGUUUUGCUAGUAUAAUUGGAGUCCUUGUUCUACUUCCAGUGAAUUAUUUGGGAAACCAGUUGAAUGUUGAUUUUGCUGAUUUGCCAAAUAAGUCGUUGGACUCAUUUAGUAUUUCAAAUGUCAACAAUGGCUCAAACAGGUUAUGGAUUCACUUUUGUGCUGCAUAUGUUUUCACUGGGGUUGUUUGCUAUCUACUUUAUAAUGAAUAUAAUUAUAUUUCAUCAAAAAGAAUCACUUGCUUCUAUUCAUCAAACUCUCAGCCACAGCAAUUUACAGUAUUAGUCCGUGGAAUCCCUUACAUACCUGGGAGCAGCUUCAGCGAAACGGUGGAAAACUUUUUCACUGAAUUUCAUUCUUCUACUUAUCUUUCGCACACAGUAGUUCGUCGGAGUAGCAGACUUCAAGAUCUCAUUAAUGAAGCAGAAAAGCUGUACGAAAAGCUUGCUCGCUUAAAGUCAAUUAAUUUUUCUCAGCAAAGUAAACAUGAAGGCUUCUUUGGACUUUUUGGGAGAAGAGUGAACCUUGUAGAAGUUUAUGAAAAAAAGCUGGAAAAUUUAGAAGACAACAUGCGGAUGCAGCGGUCUUUAUUGGCAGGAGAGGAAGUUCCAGCUGCUUUUGUGUCAUUCAAUUCUAGGUAUGGAGCUGCAAUAGCCUUGCACAUCCAACAAGGGGUCAAUCCAACAGAGUGGAUCACUGAGAGAGCACCUGAGCCUCGAGAUAUUCACUGGACUUUCUUUUCUACAUCAUUCAUAAGAAGAUGGAUAUCGAAGCUGGUGGUUGUCGUUGCAUAUAUAGCUCUUACAAUUCUAUUCCUUAUUCCAGUAGUAGUAGUGCAAGGUCUUGCUAAUCUGAAUCGCUUGGAGACUUGGUUCCCUUUUCUGAAAGACAUAUUGAGUCUUACCUUCAUCAGUCAAGUGAUUACAGGAUAUCUUCCUAGUCUCAUUCUCCAAUUGUUCCUGUCUGUUGUGCCGCCUAUUAUGGUACUGUUUUCCUCCAUUGAAGGGUAUAUUUCCAACAGUCAGAUAGAAAAAAGUGCAUGUACCAAGCUGUUGUUCUUUACUAUAUGGAACAUUUUUUUUGCAAAUGUAUUAUCUGGAUCAGCUCUGUAUCUAGUCAAUAUCUUCCUUGAGCCUAAGAACAUUCCCAAGGCACUAGCAGAGGCUGUUCCAGCUCAGCACUGGAGUAGACAACUACACUACGCUUCUCACUUUUUCAUUACCAAGUUACUUCCUACAAGUGUGCAGUAACAAGUAGUUGACCUUCUAUCAUUCGGAAAUCCAGCCCAAUCAGCAGGUGUAAAUG